UAUCAGGAAGGCUUUCAAUGGACCCUUCAUGGGUAAAUACAGCCCGAAGUCAGAAUGGAUCAAAGUUUCCGACUACGAGGUGCCGGACCCCCGACCGGGUAGCACUCUAGUGAAUGACAGUACGCUACUAUCUGAAUAUGCUGUCAAUUUCAUCAAGUUGUAUCCAUUCAUGUAUGACCAUGUUCAGCCGAUCUAUCAAGAGCCCAUCUUUGUCUUUUCUCAAGACAAGAAUAAUGCUCGAUUGAGCCGAAUUGUCGUCGAUGAGAAUAUUACAAUAGAGGAUGGGGCCAUUCGUGAUGUCAUUUUCGUCGGAACAGAUAACGGAAGAGUGCUAAAGAUUGUCUACAAUGAAGAUGAGGCUGCAGAGAAAGUGAAUGCAGUCGUGGUAGAGGAAUUGGAAGUGUUUGGUAAUGCGAAAAGGGUGGUAAAUAUGUAUCGCUAUCGAGAAGAGGGGAAAUCUGCAAAGAUCGUCGUCAUCGGAGAUGAACAGAUCAAGGCCUUGCCUGUUCAUCGUUGCGAUCUAGUCAAGUCCUGCAGCAAUUGCGUGAAGCUUCAAGAUCCUUACUGUGCAUGGGACACAAUGGGCAAGGGUCAUUGUGUCAAUGUGGAUAGUGAAAGUCAUGCAAUCCACUCCAUUCGCUACAUUCAAGACAUCCGUUCUGGCGAAAGCACACAGUGCCGUCAAGCAAUGUCACAUUCGGAGGAUACUGAUGAAACCAAAGGAGCCAUGCUGAAUGACAUUUCCGAAGGCUUCCCUCCAGCAAAACAACCACACCCUAUUGAAGCUAUGGAACUGCUUGCUGCUGGUGCGAUGGCAGCAAAUGGAGGAAGUUUUGCCAAAACUGGGAAGAUUUGGAUCACGGCUGUUGUUUGUUCCAUUGCGCAUUCCCACCUGCCAGAGCGAUGUCCACCAGAAAGGAACUCGUGCGCGAAUGACCAGGUGGAUUUCCACCAGAACAUUCACCUGGCUCCGAAUCCACCUCCUAUCCACCUGGUCGUUCACAGGUGA